AAUACAAGUGUUUAUGUGCGAUCAGUGUACGAUCGGGAAAAGCUCAGUGUAAGACACCAAAAUCACGCUGUAUAGAAUGAUUAAUCACCACACGAUGGCAAGCCUGGGACAUCCACAUUACGGGUUUACCCUCGGCAAUGGGAUGGACAUACCGCCGGCUGGUGAUUUCGCACCCCAGCCCCACCACAGUCCCAGCUCGCCCACCGACCAUCUAGGGCUGAAGCGAGGCCUUACCUUCCCGGCAUCGUCCCUCGCCGGGCUGCAGGGCCACGGUGGUAUGCAUGGUGCAGCAACCGGAGGACAUCAUCAUCAUGCGUCGAUGGGCCAGAGUGGUGGCGGAGGCGGUGGAGCAGGCGGUAUGGGUAACGGGCAAACGUCACCCGGCCAGGAAGGACACAUCAAGCGUCCAAUGAACGCGUUUAUGGUGUGGUCCAGGCUACAGCGUCGCCAGAUCGCCAAGGACAACCCGAAGAUGCACAAUUCCGAGAUCUCCAAGCGGCUCGGUUCGGAGUGGAAGCUGCUCACCGAGGCCCAGAAGCGUCCGUUCAUCGACGAAGCGAAACGGUUGAGGGCCACCCACAUGAAGGAACAUCCCGACUACAAGUACCGGCCCCGCCGCAAACCGAAGAACCCGCUCGCGAACGCUGCCAACGGUCUCGGUGCGCUCGGAGCGAUGCAGCAAGGCGGCAAGUCAUCGCUCGGUUCGUCCUAUCCCUUCCCACAGUUGCCACCCUACUUCGCCCCCACGCAUCCGCUCCAGCAGCUCGAGCAGCACUACCCCGUGCCGUACUUUGGCAGCUUCGAUCCGCUCACCCUGCAGAAGCUGCAUCAGUCGCAGCAAAGCGUCCAGGCCCAUUCGCCGGUGGGAGGGCUCGGUGAGAGUGGCAAACAAUCGGCCAGCCAGCAGUUGCCACCGACCUCGCUUAGCUCGUUCUACUCGAACAUCUACAGCGGGAUAUCGGCGGCGGCGGCCGCCGCCCCACUGUACGCCGCACACUCCAACAGUCUGUACAACACCUCGUCCACCUCGUCGGCAUCGCCCGGAUCGAGCCCGAGCGCCUCCCAGUCAACGUUGCCCGAUCUCGAGAACUCGAUGCGGCGACCGGUGCAGGUCAUCUACUAG